GGAGACACGUAUCCAUUUUAACCUCUGGCAUGUCGUUCCCCACCGUUGUUAACGUUAUCUCAAUAUUUCGACGUGAUUGCUAUUUUGUUUACCGUUUAUGAACUGGCUCACUAAGUAUUAGAUGCUAAACGAAGUAAAAACGUAGUGACAAACAUCGCCAUGAUACCUCUGAAACAGUUUUGUAGGUCAGCUGUUCGAACUACUGUGAGAAGCAUUUCUACCACGAAUGCCGUUGCGUCAAAUUCGAGCGAAAUCCCAGCAAAUGGAUACCAUUUCGAGCUCAAUGAAACCCAGCGUGAGAUCUUCGAGACAGCGAAAAAAUUCGCAAGAGAAGAAAUAAUUCCUGUCGCGGCACACUACGAUGAAACAGGAACCCGGCCAGAUGAACUUGUGAAGAAAGCUUGGUCCAUUGGAUUGAUGAACGGGUCCAUUCCAGAAUAUUUAGGUGGUAUGAACCAAAGCGUAUUCACCGAGUGUCUCGUUCAAGAAGCUUUAUCAUGGGGCUGCAGCGGAAUCACCCUUGCGAUAAUGGGCAGCGGAUUAGGGCAAGUCCCAGUAGUUUUAGCAGGAAACAAAGAACAGCAGAAGAAAUAUCUUGGUAGGCUUUUGGAGGAACCCAUCGUUGCGGCGUAUGCUGUCACCGAACCAGGAGCAGGUUCAGAUGUCAAUGGAGUCAGGACGAAAGCAGAGAAAAAAGGGGACGAAUACAUCCUGAAUGGUCAAAAAAUGUGGAUCACCAAUGGAGGAGUAGCUAACUGUUUAAAGAAGAUGAAGAAACGAACAAAAACGAAGAAAAACGAGAAGCGUGAAGAGGAGGGGAAAAACGAAAUAAAAUGCCGACUGAGGAAGAAGGAAAACAUGAUGGGUCAAAGGGCUUCAGACACUCGUGGAAUAACCUUCGAAGAUGUUAGAGUACCGAAAGAGAAUGUUUUGAUCGGUGAAGGUGCGGGUUUCAAGAUCGCAAUGGGUGUUUUUGACAAAACCAGAGCCCCAGUGAGUAUACUUUCAAGCUUUUCAUGGGCCUANGCUUGGGAGGUCGACAGUGGAAAGAAGAACCCUUCCUAUAUGGCGUCCAUCGCCAAAGCUUACGGCUCCGAGAUAGCCAACAAAUGCGCCUCGGACGCUGUACAGAUAUUCGGCGGAAGCGGAUACAACAAGGACUACCCUGUGGAGAAGCUGAUGAGGGAUGCCAAGAUCUUGCAGAUCUACGAGGGCACAUCGCAGAUACAGAGGCUGAUCAUCUCUAGAGCUGUUUUGGCUCAUGCCAAAGAAUCGAGUUGAUUUGUUUUUUGAUAUUGGUUGAUUUUCAAUAUGUUUAUUCGUUUUUGUUGUUGGGACUAUCUCAAAUUAUACAAUUUUUACAUUAAAA